UCUGAGCCGCGUAACCGACUUAUAACCAGGGUUAGGUUAAGUGGCUAAACUGUGGUUCUCGUAACGAGAUCUAGAUGAAGCUUCCUUCGAUCUUCAUCUAUUAUCUUUACUGCAAAAGAAAAAGGGCAUGACUUGACGCGGGUUCGAAUCGCACUAUGCAAACAUGCAACAUUCUCUCACAGUGCUCACAUGUAAGCGCUGUUGUGAAAUUUCAGUUUGUGCCAAGACAUCAAAAUGGGUUUGAAAUAGUAGGUGGAGGAUUGCAAGAGUUGUUUUGCUUCGUGUAGAUUUGAAGGUGGUUUGCAGUUAUUCUUAAGCAAGUUGGGGGCGAUUUCGAUUUGGGAUUGGAUUUGUAUCGCUUGUGCAGAAAGGGGCAAUGUCUUUUAGUUCUCAUUUGAAGCCUGGAUCACAUUCUAACCAGGAUGGCUUCCCUGCCACUCCUGGAAAGGUGAAGAUAGACAGAACUGGUUAUUUUGGCCGAGUGAGCAACAACCGGUGGCAGAGCUCCCUGGCCAAACUGUUUUUCUGGUCUGUUGUUUUUGUUGGUUUGAUCGUUGUUUUCUUUAUGAGGUCCACAUCUCCUAUUGAGACUAGAAGGGUUCUCCACAGUGCCUCUUGGGGCGGUCAUGAUUGGGAAAAGCAUGUUAGGCAUUCCUGUCGUGUAAAGAGAGAGAAUGGGGUGGUGGUUUUGGUUACAGGUGCAGCAGGGUUUGUUGGGAGUCAUGUAUCCCUGGCAUUGAAGAGAAGAGGUGAUGGGGUGCUGGGACUGGAUAAUUUUAAUGACUAUUAUGACCCUUCACUAAAGCGAGCUCGCCAGGGCUUACUUGAAAAACAGGGUGUUUUUGUCGUAGAGGGAGACAUCAAUGAUGGACCUUUGCUCAAGAAAUUGUUCGAUGUGGUUCCAUUCACUCAUGUUAUGCAUAUGGCUGCACAAGCAGGAGUCAGAUAUGCGAUGGAAAAUCCAAGUUCCUAUGUACAUAGCAACAUUGCUGGGCUGGUAAAUAUCUUUGAGGUAUGCAAAUCUGCAAAUCCCCAGCCUGCAAUUAUAUGGGCAUCCUCUAGCUCUGUGUAUGGAUUAAAUACAAAGGUUCCAUUCUCUGAAAAUGAUAGAACAGAUCAACCUGCUAGCCUUUAUGCAGCCACAAAAAAGGCUGGGGAGGAAAUUGCUCAUACAUAUAAUCAUAUAUACGGCCUUUCUAUAACGGGACUUAGAUUUUUCACUGUGUAUGGGCCUUGGGGCAGACCUGAUAUGGCUUAUUUCUUUUUCACCAAGGAUAUUAUUCAGGGGAAGACCAUUCCUAUCUUCCAAGGACCUAAUAAUGUUGACGUUUCUCGGGAUUUCACAUACAUAGAUGACAUUGUGAAGGGAUGUGUUGCUGCAUUAGAUACUUCAGAGAAGAGUACAGGAACUGGGGGCAAGAAGACUGGUCCUGCUCAACUCAGAGUUUACAAUUUGGGAAAUACUUCACCUGUUUCUGUGCCAGAUCUGGUAAACAUACUUGAACGCCUACUGAAGGUAAAUGCUAACAGGAAUCUUAUAAAAAUGCCGGCAAAUGGAGACGUACCAUAUACCCAUGCCAAUGUCAGUCUUGCUCGUGCAGAGUUAGCAUACAAACCUUCUACGGACCUCCAGACAGGUCUGAAGAAGUUUGUCAAAUGGUAUUUGAGCUAUUAUGGUGUCCCCGGGAGGAUUGCAAGAGGCUAAAUUUUGCAGAUAUCUUGUGGGUUAGCAUCCUAGCAUUCUUCCAACUAUAUUCAUGAUUUUUGAUUCUUAAGAAAUCUUUGUUUCUGAGAUUUGUCUUUAUUAAUGUAAAAUGUUAUUCAGUGCAAGGUUUAUUUGGGAUCCUGUCUCCCACACAAUCAUAUGUUUUAUGGUAUGUUUUUAUGGUGAUUUGUCUGUAAAGGCUAAAGCCUUAGUUGUAUAAGAAUUCAUAUUUUUAUCCAAUGAAGUUGAUUCUUAUUGGCAUC